UUUCAGACUUUCUUCUCUCCUUCGCCUGCAAAAAGACCCUAAACUUGCCUUCCAACUCUUCCUCAACCCCAACCCAAAUGAUCCUAACCCAAGCUCCAAGCCCUUCCGCUACUCUCCUCUGUCCUACGAUCUCAUUAUCUCAAAGUUGGGUAGAGCCAAAAUGUUUGAUGAAUUAGAACAAAUAAUCCAGAAAUUAAGACAGGACACUAGAAUAAUCCCGAAAGAGAUAAUUUUUUGUAACAUUAUUACAUUUUACGGCAGAGCUCGUUUGCCCCAAAAAGCCCUCCAGAUGUUUGAUGAAAUUCCAUCUUUUCGUUGCCAAAGAACAAUCAACUCAGUGAAUUCUUUGUUAAAUAGUCUGUCAAUUUGCAGGGAAUUUGAGAAAAUGAGGGAAGUUUUUGUGGGUGUUGAGAAGUGCGCUUGCCCGGAUGCUUGUACGUAUGGUAUACUCAUUAAAGCUUGCUGCAGGCAAGGGGAUUUGGGUAAUGCGUUGAAUUUGUUUGAUGGAAUGCUUAAGAGAGGUAUUCUGCCGAGUGUGGUGACAUUUGGGACUUUGAUUAAUGGGUUCUGUGCGAAUGCACACUUAGAUGAUGCUUUUAGAUUGAAGAGAAUGAUGGAGAGGGACUUCAAAUUGAAGCCUAAUGCAUUUGUGUAUGUUGUGUUGCUUAAAGGGCUUUGCAAGAGUAAUGUGGUUGAUUCCGCUAUUAAGCUUAAGAAGGAGAUGAUGAGGAAAAAGGUGGAAUUGGAUUCUACAGUGUAUGCUACCUUGAUUUCUGCACUAUUCAAGGUUGGUCGUCGGGAGGAUGUUUUUGGAUUGUUAGAUGAAAUGAGAAUAAAUAACUGCACAAUGAACACAGCAACAUACAAUGCAAUGAUACAUGGAUACUGUAUGGAGAAGGACUUCGAUUCUGCAUUUGGAAUAUUAAAUGAGAUGGAAGCAAAGGGGUGUAAGCCAGAUGUAAUUAGUUACAAUGUGAUUAUUGGUGGGCUUUGCAUGGCGGGGAAGCUAAAAGAAGCUAACGAGUUAUUUGAAGAUAUGCCGAGAAGGAAGUGCUUUCCGGAUGUGGUGACUUAUAGGGAACUCUUUGAUGGCCUUUGUGAUGGAAUGCAAUUGAAGGAAGCAGCACUUAUUUUGGAUGAGAUGGUCUUCAAAGGUUAUCUUCCUCGCUCUUCAAGUAUAUGUAAAUUAGUUGAUGGGUUAAUUCGAGGAGAGGAUACAGAUAGGCUGUGGAAGGUUUUAAGUAGUUUGGUGAAGGGAAAGUUUUCUGAUAUGACCACAUGGAGCAUGGUGAUAUCUGUGGUGUUGAACAAAGAUGGGCUGUCAAACACCUGCCAGUUUAUUGAUUCUUUGUUAAAAGGAACAGAUGAUGCUCUUUCAGUCCUUUAGAGUUGGUUGUGUACAGUAUUUCUGAUUGACCAUCAAGCUCUAAUGGAUUUAUUGACUGCUCAAACUUUCAGCCCAUGUCUUCAAAGGAGAAGGAUGCUGGAGGUUGCCAAAUUUGGAUUCUUCACUUGACAGGAACUUCUCAAGUUUCUCCCUUUUCUAAUGUUUUCUGAUAUUCCAAGCAAUCUAUCUCCCCAGUUCUGCUUCUUACUUGCAUUAGUUUAUGCAUACAACUCAAGCUUAGUCUGCAAGAUUAAAUGUUUGCAACAGAAUUAAAUGUGUCUAUCUCCAGCAAUGUAGUCGAUCCAGAAGCAGCUGGGCUUAGCACUUCUGCUCGUAUAACUUCAUACUGAAGCUCAUCCAGAGAUGCUGCGUUGUUUCCUUUGAAGAUAAAGGCAGCAACAACAUAACCAUAGGCCUUGUGACACUUUGGAAGGGUGUGGAAUUCUCUUGUGACAGGAUUUCACAUGAUAUGAUUGUAGUCGAUCCAGAGGCAGCAGCGUUUAGCACUUUUGCUUGUAUAACUUCAUAUUGAACCUCAUCCCGAGAUGCAGAGUCGUUUUUUUGGCAGAUAAAGGCAACAGCAACAUAGCCGUAGGCCUUGUGAGGCCUUGGAAGGGUGCAGAAGUCUCCCAACAUACACCGGCGUUUCAGGAGUGUCUAUCGUAAGGCAACAGCAACAUACACCAGCGCUUCAGAAGUGUAUAUCCAAAGUUCUAUUUGUCAGUAAUUAGAAUUAAUCAGUAUGUUUUUGGAUUUUCGAUAUUCUGUAAAUUGUUUGAGAUUCUUUCCUUGCUAAUGAUUGUUUUGAAAAGAUGUAUUAAUCUCUGUAGAUCCCCUGCUAGAAGAGCACUAAAAUCUGAUUUCUCCAGCAAAUGUAACAUUGAAACAUCAAAUUAACUUAUCCAUAAGCAGUUUUUUAUUUU